GUUAGCCGCACCUCAUUGUGGAGCGAAAUCUCACGGACUCAAAGCACUUGUUAGAUGGAACAUGGCGGACGGUUUAGACAUGACCCAUCGCACGAGGCACAUCACAGCAUCCAUGGCCUCUCAAUUCUCACCAUUGUGCUGACUGCUAGAUCUGCCACGUUCACACCGUCUCCACGAGCGAGCCCACCCUCCCAACGUUUGUUGCCAGUCAACCCCGGCUCCCAGUCACCGCCAGCCUCAAAGUACAGCAUCCAUCUCAAAUCUCUCCUCCCCUCCCCGCCCAGCUGCCUCCGAUCGGAUCCUGACCCGGCUAUCUGGGCUGGUCUAGCGUACCAUUGGCGCAUUGUUCACCAAGGCUUCUGGGCGAGAUGUCUCUUCCCUCUUUCACCAGUGCGUGGCGUUUUCAGCCCCUCACACGGCACAAGUCAUCCACCACCUGCAAUUGCACAACAAUGUGACGAACCGCUGUGCCUUUUUGUUUUCACAGACUCGACCAUAACUCCAAGCAAUCGAUAACCUAGCCCGAGUUGCCGACUCUCUACUGCUCAUCAAUUACCGAGAACGAUGCCGGUACCGAGAACGAUUCCCGAUCCUAAAUUCUCUGAGAACUACAAGUCGGGUGGGCUCAGGUUUGUUGACCAUGACCAUUCGUUCAUUGCUUUUGGUAUUUGGGAUUCGGACCCUGGACCGCCUAAAAUACCCCGCCUGGCGUUCCGUGCCGUCUUUGGUCAUUGGCCAUAUGCUUCUUGGGUGCUGGCGGACGGCCGGGGAUGGAUCCGGCCGAGUCUGAUUCGACAGCGGGAUCGAUGAAGCGCAGGGGAUGCUUGUCCGACUAACAGUAGCGCCCGCGACCAGGCCGUUCGUUUCUCUGAACCCCAC